CAUUUGAAGGGCAAGAAGUGGGAGGAGCUGGCAAAAGCUCUUAACGGUAUAGGAGCAGUUAAAAAUGCCUCGUAGUGGAAAAAAAUAUUGGUCGGAUCAAAAUUAUGUAAAUUAUAUUACGAACAUACGCAUUAAAUGCGCAUUUUUUAUAGAAGCCACGUAAAGGAUAGAGAAGUGCUUAGAAAAGCCGAACUUGGCAAAAGUGGGGUAAAUGGUUUGGCGAGGAAAAAAGAAGCAUCCGAUUUUGAGAGAAGGGUACUAACGUCGCCGGUUCUUGUUAGUGGGGAAGAAAAUGUGGGCGAGUUGCUUACCGUAACCGAACGCACCGAAGAAGAAAUACUGGCCGACCUCUCAAUGACAUCGGAAGCGAUCCCAACAGCAAACGAAUGGAAUAGAAGAAGUCCAAGACAUCGAUGUGCGGCCUUCCACUUCAAACUCCAACAAAAGAAAAUCAAAAGCAAUGGCAGGAUUUGAAGAAAAGUUCCUGAUUGUAGAGGAAAAAAAAGUUAAAAUAAUGGAGAAUUUAAAUUUAAAAAAGAUAAGCAAAAACUCAAUGUAGAAAAGUUUAGAGCCGAAGGAAUUUAUAGAAAUAAGCAAUUAGAUUUCGAAUUAGAAAAAUGCAAUUAAAAGAAACGGAAUUUGAAUGGAAAAAACAAAACUAGGUUAAUGUUU